CAGAGUAAUAAUUAGUAGUUCGGACACCCCUUUUAAGAUUAACAGAUAUUUUUGGCAAUACAUAAGGAAUUAUCCCAGGCUGGAAAUGUGGUUGCGAUAAUACGCAAGUACCUUUUUUCUAACUUCAAUCUUUAAUGAUAUACCACGGAUUUACAAAACUACAAUUUUAUGAAAAACGAGCCAAAAUAUGGGGCAGGAAUCUAGACAUUCUGUGAAUAUCUGUACAGUUGAGUAUGGUGGGACAUGCGAACUACACCGUCUAUAAUGGGUAUCCACUGUUUAUAUCGCUUGAAGUGCAGACUCCGUCUUAUUUAUUAUCAGCAAAAUUGUAUUGCCAGGAUGUGACAGUGGAGGCGCUGUUUCGGAUUUGACCUGCAAGCGCUUCAGUAUUCUUCCUGGUAGCAAGUGCACUCUUGAAGGCGUGUAUGAAAAAUGUCUCGGCUUAGUAGUGUUCUGUGGCCUCGGGUUGUGCUGUUUGGAGACUCAAUUACACAGUUCUCCUUUGAGCCUGGUGGAUGGGGAGCGUUCAUUGCAAACAAUUUAGCCAGGAAAUGUGAUGUCCUAAACCGUGGUCUGUCUGGCUACAAUUCCAAAUGGGCAAAAAUAGUUCUUCCACAGUUAAUAAACCAGAGUACAGACCCUCAGAACAUUGCUGCUGUUACCAUAUUUUUUGGAGCCAAUGAUAGUGCUAUAAAAGAAGCGAACCCUAAGCAACACAUCCCUCAAGAUGAGUAUGUGCAGAACCUUAAAAGCAUGAUUGAGUAUUUAAAAGGCAUUAGUAUUACUGAAGAUAAAGUCAUUCUUAUAACUCCUCCACCAAUUGAAGAAGCAGCAUGGGAAAAGGAGUGCAUUUUAAAAGGCUGUCAACUAAAUCGCCUCAACUCUGUGACUGGAAAGUAUGCUAGAGCCUGUGUUGAGGUAGCUACAGAAUGCGGAACUGAUGUACUAGAUCUUUGGACACUCAUGCAAGCGGAUAAUCAGGACUUCAGAACAUACUUGUCUGAUGGACUUCAUUUGUCACAGAAGGGGAAUGAUUUUUUAGCGUCACAUUUGUGGCCACUGCUGGAAAAGAAGGUUUCUGGACUGCCUUUCAUCUUGCCCUACUGGGCUGAUAUAGAUCACUUGAAUCCUGAAGCAAUGCUUAAAGCUUCUUGAUAAACAACAUUGCCUGCCUGGUGGUAUUAGAGGGGUACUAAUGUACACAUAUUUCAGCACUUUAUGACAGUCUUUCACAUGUAGCACAUUUGGCUUGUUGUGCCAUUUAUUGCAUUAAUUUGGUGAUCACAACUUACAUAGGAAUGGUUUAAAACUUACUGUCAUUAUUCAUGUAGGUUAACAGUUAGUACUUGAAGUUUUUGCCAAGAUUAAACUAAUGUUUACUGGUCUUUUCAAAUCUGUGUAGACAGCUUCUGUGUGUAAAAAGUUAAGAAUGGUUCACUGGUAUUAAAUUAUCAGUUCUUAGGAAUUCUUCUGAAAUUAAAAGAAACAGUUUUAAAAACCUGGAAAUUUUCUGUCUUUUAGAUGUUGAUUUGACUUUUUGAUGUAAAUGGCGUAAGUCUGCUUUAUGGAAAAAUGCAUGGAAUGCACCUAACGUAUUUGGCGUUGAGGAAAAAUGUAGUGGUCUGUGAAUUAAUGUGCAGUGUUCAUUUUAUACCUGUAUUUGUCAUCCAGGAAAGAAGAGACAGUCCAGAAAAGGCCAUUUUCAAGCACAAAGAUGCAUAAACUAUAAUGAUGCUUUGACAAAGAAAAGAGUACAUGUGCAAACGUAAACAAAUAAGACUAAGUUAUAACUAGCCACUAGUAUUCUUACAAGCACCUCUUCCUAUUUUCGCUUUUUCCCCUCCUAUCUUCUUAUCUGCCUCUCAACAAUGUGUAUAAUCCACCCUGAAUUCUUGCCUGUUAUACUUCUAGGAAUUUCCUGUGAUUGCUGUGUACUGUACAGUGUAUAUGCAUAUCUAAUUAUUUACGUAUAUACUUGGAUAUAAAUAUAAGACAGAUACGUACAUGUAUAUAUAUGAAAGUCCGACAAUUCAUCAAAACUGUAACCCAUUGAAUGGUGACUGAUUGAGCACAACUUAUUGACCAUCAGGCAGUCAAAAAAACUCAAAACAAAAAAGCAAUUUUUUUUUGCAUGGGGGCAAGCCCACCUCCCCUGCAAACCUCCACAACCCCUGCUACUGUAUAUAUAUAUAUAUAUAUAUAUGUAUAUGAAUUCCAAGAUCACUCAACAGAGGGAAAAGGGCAAACUCCUUAAUCCCGUCUGUAAUGUGAUCUUGCACAGUACAACUGCAGACAGAUCUGGUGAGCUGUGUGGGCAGUUUUGCAGGUUGAAACACUGCCAUUCGACAAGUUGUAGACAACUCAUAUAUAUGUAUGUAUGUACUUUUUUCUGUGUUUUGUAAUGUUUCCAAACAAAGCUUAUAGCCUUCAUAUUUUUGUGUGUUUUAUAUUUCCUAUAAAUCUGCAACCAUUAUUAUUUUUGUUACAGUGCACUUACCUCUCUAUAGCUACUGUUCUUUUUGAUAUGUUGGGCAUGCCUUUAACUGUACAUUGUAUUGUAUAUUUCUUUUCGAGCAUUUUCCCCUGGGCUCCUUUAAAAAUGGGUAAUUUUUGCCCAGUCAUUACUUUCCCUGUUAACAAAUAUUAAGUAAAAUAAAAAUAAUUAAUAAAAUAUACAAAGUGUUUGCAGGACUGAGGUAAAGUGUUUUUGUAACUGUACAAAGCAUGACAUUAAACAGUCCUUGCUUGUUGAAA